AUGCCUCGAGGAGCAGGAAGCAGCGGCGGCAAGAAGCAAGCAAAGGCGAAGAAGGAUUUAAGUCAUGAAGAUGAAGCGUAUAAUGCAUUGUUUUCUGGAGAGUUUGGGGCAUUAGAGAUUGCGAAUUAUACUAGUGCAGACGGGAAGCAAGAUGAGACGGAACAUCUGCCGAAUGCCAUUGAUUUUGAGGAUGAAGAUGAAUUAGCAGAUGAGGAAUUGCCCGAAGAAGAGGAGCCUUCGAAUCGAAAUGGGGCCGGUAGCCAUGUAGUUGAAGGGUCAUUCCAGCGGAGUUUAUCAGGGGAAGACGAGUAUAUGACGCUGAUAGGGCAUGGAGACGUGAUACAGGACGAUGGUGAGCCAGUUUUCGAUGUUCAGGGCAAUAAUGCACUUUUCAUGGAGAGUACAUACCAGUCGUUUGGGCCUGAACAGCACCAGUUCAACGAAUAUGACGAGCAGCAUCGGAUUCAGAUGGAGGAGCAGCGGAGAAGAGAGGAGGAGGAGAAUGCAAAAGAAGAAGAAUUGUUGUUCCAGUCGUAUUUCCCGGAACUCAAGCCUGGACGUGUAUUGCGAAUGACAAAGAUUGCUCCUAAACCGCUAGCCCAUUAUCAGUGGCAACGAGAACUUUAUCUUCGUAAUAGGGUAUUAAAGCCACUGAUACCACUAAAAAUACAGUUUCAAGUGCAAAAGGAUACUAGGAAGCUUUUCAAGACGAGGACUAAAUCGUCGAAGCCAUGGCAGGGUUCGCUUACAGAGCUUACAGAGAGGCCGAGAAGGAACGUGGUCAAAGUAUCCCUUGACGAAAUAUAUCCAGAGGACUCAGUAGAUAGUAAAAGAGACUACCACGACGAAGUGAUACCGGAGGAUCUUUUGAUUGUGGCUGAUGAAUGGGAUUAUGAAAAAAUUGUAGACGACAGAGACACCGCAGAUGCUAAAGGUGACAACAGUAGUGAUGGCGACAAAAAGUCAGUUGUCACUGUAGAAAAUACUCUUGAAGAGACGGGCAAGGACUGGGAGUGGAAUGAAGAUGAUAUUAUAAAUGGUAAAAUGAUAACUAAAGAACCGCCUAUAGAUAUGAAUGAUGAACAGUUGCUCAUCUUACCUAACGAUAGCCAGGAUUCUGCCAUUGAGACAACUUCCAAGGUCUCGAAAAAACCAUUGAUACCAUACAACGAAAAAUCUCUUCUAGCCAAGUUCAAUAUAUCGAACGACGAGACAUACAAGAUUUUGAAGAAGAAUUACCAAACGAAAAUCAGAUCUACCAUCUCAAACUUAAACAUCGAACAUUCUCAACCUGCGACACGGUUACAAUCUCCAUUCUACAAAGUGUUUCUACCUAAAGAGCAACUAAGACACUUCCACAGAAAUCACUUUGGUAAACGUAUCAGACCGGGGACCAACAUCGUGUUCAGUAAGAUUAAAACCCGUAAGAGAAAGAAGGAUAGGGGUAAGGAUGUUCACGAGAUUUUCCAGCACUCUUCAGACUUAACGGUUGGUGAUAGUGCUCAAGUAUUCUUGAUGGAAUUCAGCGAGCAACAACCAAUUGCAUUAUCCAAAUUUGGUAUGGCAAACAAACUAAUCAACUACUAUAGGAAGACAGACGAGAAUGACACGUCAAGGCCGAAGUUACCAGUUGGUGAAACUCAUGUUCUUGGUGUACAGGAUAAAUCACCAUUCUGGAAUUUCGGGUUCGUGAGUCCCGGUAACAUUGUUCCAACGUUGUACAACAAUAUGAUUAGAGCGCCUGUAUUCAAGCAUGAGGUAUCAAAGACUGAUUUUCUCUUGGUGAAAAGUACCGGUAACGGAUCCGGAAACAGGUUCUAUCUACGUCAAAUCAAUCACCUGUUCACCGUGGGUCAAACGUUCCCUGUUGUUGAAGUCCCUGGUCCCAAUUCGAGAAAAGUCACUGCGAUGGGUAAGAACAGGUUACGUAUGGUAGUGUACCGUAUUCUAAACAAAUCUCCAGAACACAGGUUGCUUGUGAAGCAAGUUGCACGCCAUUUCCCAGAACAGAAUGACAUGCAAAAUAGACAAAGGCUUAAGGAAUUCAUGAAGUACCAGCGUGAGGGUGACGACCAGGGGUUCUGGAAGUUGAAGGAAGGUGAAGUGCUCUUGGAUAAUGAAAACGUGAAGAAGAUGAUCACGCCGGAGGACGUAUCACUUGUGGAGUCGAUGUACUACGGCCAGCAAUUCCAAGAGGAUAUUGAUUUCUACAACUUUGAAGAGAAGGCUAAAGAGCUAGAAGAGAAUUUAAUAUUCUGGAAUGCUACAAAGAACUUUUUAAACGCAACCCAAAUGAGAGCGAUGAUUCAAAUUCACGGUGCUGGUGACCCAACCGGGUGUGGCGAAGGUUUCUCGUUCUUGAAGACGUCUAUGAAGGGUGGGUUCGUGAAAUCGGGCUCCAAGGAUCAGCCGCACAUUGCUGGUGGCCAUAGUUAUAACGUUGCACAACAACAAAAGGCAUACGAGGAAGAAAUUAGCAGGACGUGGUACCACCAGGCGAAGUCGCUAAGCAUCCAGAACCCAUUCGAAGAGAUGGACGAUCCUGAUAUCGUGAACGAAAGCAACAAGAACGUCCCAUCCACAAGACCGGACGAAAAAGUGUUGCGCAUCGUCAGGAAGAAGAGAGACAGCAACGGUAUCAUCCAACGGCAAACGGUCAUAAUCCGGGACCCUAGAGUCAUACAGGGGUACCUACGAGCCUACGAAAAGAGACGCGAGGAAGCCGAGCGCAACUUGGGUCUCGAAGAACUAAUCAACGACAACAUAAACAUUGUCGGUGGUGAAAACGAGGAAGAAAGACAGUUGAAGCAAAAGAAACUCUUGGAGGAGCAAUUGGCGAAGCUUGAGAAGUCUAAGGAAAGAAGACAGGCGCGUAAAGCUGCUAGGGAAAAGACCAAGGACGGCAAGGUCACCAAGGCGAAGAACACCACUAGAAGAUGUGCCACCUGUGGUGCCAUUGGCCACAUCAGAACCAACAAGUCCUGUCCCAUGUACAACGGAGGGGUUGCAGCCAAUGCUGCUGCUGCCGCACAAAGCGGCAGCACUUCCUCUCUCGAGGCCUCAUCGACCACCCCAGGCCCAGGCCCAAGCUCCGGUCCAGGCUCCGGCCCAGACCCAGCAUCAUCAAUGCCAGCCUCGCUCCCAAUCAAAAACGAUCCAGAGUUGUAG